CCAAUGUUUUCACUUCAGAUGUGAAUAUCUUCUUCAAGAGAAGGGACAGACAUUUGUACACCAGAUCCAGACAAGAUUUCCAAAUCUAUUUGAUCUUCAGCCACAUUCCAGUUCGGAUGACAUUUUGGAGGAAACUCAGAACGCAGUUGUUCAUUUUGGAGCUGGGGAAAAUCGAUCAGAAGAUGCAAUUAUGAUGAAUACGCCAGUGGUUAAGGGUGCUAUGGAAAUGGGUUUUGAUCGAAGACUCGUGAUGCAGACCGUUCAACGAAAAAUCCUUACGAGUGGAGAGAAUUACAAAUCUGUUAUUGAACUUGUCACCGACUUGCUGAAUGCCGAAGAUGAAGAAAGACGGGAAGACAAAGAAAGAAGAUUGGAAGAAGCAGCUGAAGAUGAUGUAAUGCUGCUGAAGAAAAAUUGUGCUGCUUUGAGUCAGAAUUUGACAAAUGUAGCACCCUUACUUGACGAUCUAGAAACACGAAGUUUAAUUAAUAAAACGGAAAGUGAAAUGAUUAAACAAAAACAUCAGACAAAUGAACAAGCCAGAGAGCUGCUUGAUACAAUAAUUCGCAAAGGAAAUGCAGCAGCUGAGGCAUUUAGAGGUGCUCUUUUGGUUAAUGAACCGGAAUUGCAUGAGAAGUUAUAUGUUAAAAAGAAUUUGCCUUAUUCAACAUCAUCAGAUCUGAUGGGCUUGACCAUGGAAGAACAAUUGCGAAGGUUGCAGGAAGAACGAACUUGUAAAGUGUGUAUGGACAAGGAGGUCUCAGUUGUGUUUAUAAUGUGUGGUCAUUUGGUUGUUUGUACAGACUGUGCCCCAUCCCUGAGGAAGUGCCCAAUCUGCCGUGGUACCAUCAAAGGAACAGUUAGGACAUUUUUGUCCUAAUCCUGGUAUCUAGCUUAAUGAUAUAAGGAGAAUAUUUGUUCAGAACAGUUGAACUGAUGGAGUUACCUAAACUACAUUAAAAAUUGAAUUUCUAAGA